AUGCGCGAGGACGGCUACGGCGCCGCGCCCGCGCCCGCGCUCGCCUCGCGCACAGCACCACGCGGUGCUUUCUCUGGUGAUAAGUCCCGCGGCGCUGGUAAUCUGCAGGGCGGCGCUUCCGCAAGCCUCGCGCUACGCCAGGCGGUAGACACUAGACGGCCAGUAGUCCCGCGACGCUCGCAUUCACCGCACUUGCCGUCUCGCCCGCGUAGCAACACGCCGUCGCCCGCCAUGCCACACAACGAUUUGGAUAGCGAGAGAGGUGUCAUGGCGUGGCUCCGACGCUGGUGGCGCCCGCUUGUGGCCGAGGUGCUGGCGACCGCGCUGCUGAUGCUGCUGGGCAUAGCCGCGCUGUUGCCAUUGCCGGACGGCACGAACCCACCCCUGACGCACCCCGCACUCGCGUUCGGCUUGGUGGUGCUCGCCAAUGUGGAGAUAUUCGGGCCCACGUCCGGCGCGCACAUGAACCCCGCCAUCACGCUAGCCGCUCUGCUCUACGGCAAGAUCCCGGUGCUGGUGGCCGCGGCGUAUGCUAUUGCGCAGUUCUUCGGCGCCACCAUCGGCUUCGGCGCGCUUAUGUUGCUCUCGCCUAAAAGUUUCGAGGAUGUGGCGGCGUCCGUAGGCGGCACACGCGCAGGCAGCGUGAGCCCGAUGGCGGCCGCCGGCACGGAGGCGCUGCUCACGGGCGUGCUCGUGCUGGCCGUGUGCGCCGCGUGGAGCGCACAUGAGCGCGUCGGACCCGACCCCACCGUCUCCAUCAAGCUCGGCCUUACGCUCGCCGGUCUCAUCUACGCCGGAGGAGUGAUGACGGGCGCUAGUCUCAACCCGGCGCGUAGCUUCGCGCCAGCGCUAUUGCAGACCUUCGCAUCUGAUCACUGGGUGUACUGGGUGGGCCCGUUGGGCGGCGCGGCGCUAGCGGCGGGGCUGCACCGCGCGGUGCUGCGGCCCGCGCCCGCGCUUGCGCCACGCCACGAGGACCUGCCGCUGCACGACAAGCAGGACCAC